AUGGAUGAGAAUGCUGAAAUCCCCGUCUCGGACGUCGAACCCUCGGUCGUUGAUGUAGAGGGCAAUGCAAGACCGGCACCGAGCAGAGUUGCCUCUGCUGCAUCAUAUGACAGACAUCGCCGUCGAAACCCACGAGCUAGGCGUCCGGUGAAGGAAACACUGGACGCCCGCUCCGAGUAUACUACCAGUCAGGAUGAUGGGACGGCCGAGCACCGUAUCAACCAGUACGUGAUCAGGCAGGAGAUUGGGCGUGGGUCAUUUGGUGCAGUCCAUCUGGCUGCCGAUCAAUUUGGGAAUGAAUAUGCUGUGAAAGAAUUUUCCAAGUCUCGUUUAAGGAAACGUGCUCAAUCGCAUUUAUUACGAAGACCCAGAGGCCCGAGAAGACCGGGGACGGGCUUUAACUCGCCGUUACAUCGUCAUCCUUCCGGCGAUGACAACGAGACUGCCAAGAAUCCUCUGUAUUUGAUCAAAGAGGAAAUUGCGAUCAUGAAAAAGCUCAAUCAUAACAACUUGGUGUCCUUAAUCGAGGUACUGGAUGACCCGACUGAGGACUCAUUAUAUAUGGUGAUGGAAAUGUGCAAAAAGGGCGUGAUCAUGAAGGUUGGACUAGAAGAGAGAGCGGAUCCAUAUGAUGACGAGCACUGUCGGUGCUGGUUCCGCGAUCUGAUAUUGGGCAUUGAGUAUCUUCAUGCUCAGGGUAUCGUCCACCGAGACAUCAAGCCUGACAAUUGCUUGUUGACCAACGAUGAUGUGCUGAAAGUAGUCGACUUUGGUGUAUCGGAGAUGUUUGAAAAGGACUCUGAUAUGUUCACAGCCAAGUCAGCUGGCUCUCCAGCUUUUCUGCCACCAGAGCUGUGUGUUGUCAAGCACGGUGAUGUUUCAGGAAAAGCAACAGAUAUCUGGUCCAUGGGAGUGACUCUAUAUUGUCUUCGAUAUGGUAAGCUGCCAUUCGAGAAACAAAGUAUCUUCGAACUGUACGAUAGCAUCAGAGGGGAUUCCCUGGUAUGCGAAGAAGAAGCGGACGAAGGAUUCAAAGAUUUGAUAGAAAGAAUCCUGGAGAAAGAUCCGGAGAAACGGAUCGACAUGUUUGGCUUACGGGAACACCCUUGGGUGACGAAGGAUGGAACAGAUCCAUUGCUGUCGUUUGAGGAGAACACAUCGCAGAUCAUUGCACCGCCGACGGAGGAAGAGAUGAACUCGGCUAUUACAACGAAUAUGGGCAACCUCAUGACUGUGAUGAAAGCAGUCAAGAAAUUCAAACGUCUAAUGGAUCCUACCAAACCGCAAACUCCCAUGCAGAGCAUCCUCGGCGGAGACCACGAAGCUUACUUCGUAGAACCACCCAUGGAGAUGGACCCAGAUGAACCCUUCCCUGCAGUAGGAGAACAAGCCCAUGGUCACGGUCUGAGCGCUGGUAUAAGAAAAGUUUUCGGACGACACCCGUUCGCAGGAUUUCGCGAAAGUCCAAAUACCAUGGGGUCCAGCGACUCAGCCAGCAUCUCCUCAAGACCAGACCAUAGCCCAAGCAGCAGUCAAAGACCAAGCGGAGUCUUUGAACCAGAGCGCAAAGACUCCAACUCCCGCACCGGCCGAUCUCCAGGCAAAGCAGACAUCCAAGAAGCAGUCCACUCCCAAUCAGCAUCGCCACACAGCCCCUCUCGCGCCAGCUCAGCAACUACAAAGCGCAGCCUAGAAGGAACAAGAGGACACGCACGGGAUCCCCUAGAAGAAGAGUUCCCCUACCUCUUCAUCGGACCAUCAACAUACACAGGAACCUCACACACAGAACCAAGCACCGAUCUGAUGACAGCAACAUCAGACUCACCAAUCUUUGAAGAACCAGAGAGCACCCUGGACCCAACGAACGAGAUGGAGGAAGAAGAACCCGUCCAAAUAGUCAGCGAAUCACCUGGUGCCGCGGACUUCAACAUCUACGAAACGGCAUACAGAAUGGAACUCGAUCGCAUCAAACACAGCCUCUCGGAGUCAGACCGUGCCAACCGCCAAUCCGGUCCAAAGGUCUACCUAACCCGUCGCGUCGAGAAUAAAGACGAGGUUAUGCGACUGGCUAAGGAGAAGGCUCUCGAUUUGCAGAUUGGGCAGCGGUUCGCGUAUACGCCUGCCAAGUCUGCGCCGUCGGCGUUUAGCUCUGUUGCUAGUGCGUUGCGCGCGCAGGUGCAGAAGAAGAGGGCUGGUGGGGAGACGGAGGGGGAGGGUGGUGAUGGUGAUGGGAAUGGGGGUGCAGGUGAGGAGGAUAGGCCGAAGGGGGGUCAGGCUGCUCCUCAUCCUCACCCUGCUAAGCGUCUUUCUCUUUCUUCGCAGGCUGUUCCUGAUGCUGAGGCUUCUUCCCUUGAGGCGACGGGUGUUUCUGCGAAUGAUUCGGCGGAGGAUUCUAAGGCUCAGUUGCGCCGGCUUCUUGGGAGGAUCAGGGGGAAGGGUGAUGCGGAAUGA